AUGAGUUCAAGAGUAGAUACUGAUGACGAAAGUGAUAACAGAGGUAGUAUGUGGGACUUGGAUCAGAAGCUCGACCAGCCUAUGGAUGAAGAGGCAGGAAGGCUUAGAAAUAUGUACAGAGAAAAAAAAACAUCCUCUUUGCAGUAUACAGCGACCUUCCCCCAUACCUUCGCAAAGCGAGGAGCCUUCUGGCACUGGGGUAUGUUGGUUAAUGUAGCAUUGCUGCUCCUGCGGCUUUCAUUUCAGAGUCUUGGUGUGGUUUAUGGAGACUUGGGAACUUCCCCCCUGUAUGUUUUCUACAAUACAUUUCCCAAUGGAGUGAAAGAUCAGGAGGAUGUAAUUGGAGCUCUUUCCUUGAUUAUCUACUCUCUUACCUUGGUGCCACUCCUCAAGUAUGUUUUUGUUGUAUUAAGAGCAAAUGACAAUGGCCAAGGUGGAACAUUUGCACUUUAUUCCUUGCUUUGCCGACAUGCAAAGAUAAAAACCAUUCCCAACCAACAUCGAACUGAUGAAGAGCUAACAACAUAUAGUCGGUCUACCUUCCAUGAAAGGUCUUUUGCUUCAAAAACCAAAAGAUGGUUAGAGGAACAAGAAUCUGCAAGGAGUGUCAUUCUUAUUCUUGUUCUUGUUGGCACCUGCAUGGUUAUUGGAGAUGGGAUUCUUACCCCAGCUAUAUCUGAGUCUGCAGCAAAUAUGUACCUAAAACUGAAGCUUCAGAGGCAAGGAAUUCUUGAUCUCAGUACACUACUUAGAAAACAUGUUGUUAGAUAUGAUUAG